UGGCUGACAUGGGGAGACUACAGCCGAACAAAAUUGAAAUUUAUUAUGACUUUCGAUGAAAAUCAACCAAUUGCAUCGAUGGCAAUGUCUGAUAAUCAAGUAACGAAUGAAUAUUACCAGUAUGAUGAUGACCAGUACUGCCACGGGACCAUUGAUAACGUGGAUGGUAUAAAUUUCAUACAUGACGAUGAUGAUAAUUUUGAUCUCAACUUUUUCCACAGGGUGGAAUCAGCAGAGGUUGUGUAUCAGGCACGCAAGCGUGCUAAACUGGUUGAAAAGUAUUUAAUGGGUGAUUUGCUUGGCGAGGGUUCAUAUGGCAAGGUAAAAGAAGUGAUGGACACAGAGACAUUAUGUAGAAGAGCUGUCAAAAUUUUGAAGAAGAAAAGACUAAGGAGAAUUCCGUACGGAGAACAGAACGUGAAAAGGGAAAUUCAGCUGUUAAAGAGGCUGCACCACAAGCAUAUUGUAAAUCUGAUAGAAGUGCUCUACAAUGAAGAGAAACAGAAAAUGUAUCCUUUCCCAGACAGGUACAUGAUUAUGGAGUAUUGUGCAGAUGAGCUACAGAGUAUGCUUGAAGCAGCCCCGGAGAAAAAGUUCCCCGUCUGGCAGUCUCACCUGUACUUUGUGCAGCUGGUGGACGGCCUGGAGUAUCUUCAUGGCAAGUCCGUCAUCCACAAGGACAUCAAGCCUGGCAACCUGCUUGUCACCCUCGACCAGGUCCUCAAAAUAACAGACCUCGGUGUCGCAGAGAUGUUGGAUCCAUUCAGCAAGGAUGAUAUAUGUAAGACCAGCCAGGGCUCACCUGCAUUCCAACCUCCGGAGAUCGCCAACGGCCUCGAGUCAUUCUGGGGCUUUAAGGUCGAUGUCUGGUCUUCAGGAGUCACACUGUACAAUAUGACGACGGGUGUGUAUCCUUUUGAAGGAGAAAACAUCUACAAGUUGUUUGAAAACAUUGGCAAAGGGGUCUUCACGGUCCCAGACACAAUAGACAAUAUUCUUGCAUCUAUGCUCAAGGGAAUGUUGCAGUACAAAGCAGAGGAACGGUUUUCCAUAGAGGAUAUAAAACAACAUGACUGGUACAGGAAGAAGUUUCCACGCACAUGUGAGAAGGUGCCAUUCCCGGUACACCCCGAGAGCGGUGACGAGCUGCGCAACAUGACUGUGAUCCCGUACGUUGAGGACCUGCAUCGUGGUGAGUCAUCCGAGGAUGAGGAGGAGUACACGCCUGAUCAGAUCAGCAUUGUCCCGGCCACUGUUAUAGAACCAAUCCUUGAUGGAAAUGGUACACACAACAACUCCCACACUGAGAACUACGCAGCAGUGGCAAAGGAGAUAGCUGAAGACCCCAUUCCAGACCCCAAACACAAGAAGCGGAAGGUCAAAUCCAGCGCCCGUAGAUUCAAAUUCUCUGCCUGUUCCCAGUCCUGAUGUCAAAGACACUUAGUGCGGAUAUAGCUAACUUUGCAUGUAUGCCAAGCCAUUUGUCAGGUGGUAGGGCCUUGCUGCUAGCAGGGGAUCAUGGCUGGCCUGUGAUAUUGGAACAGGCCUGUGAUAUGUAUCAAGACUUGGUAGCACAGGUUCACUCAACAUACAUACACAUUGGCUCUGUAUGUAAGUGAUCCUGUGGUGUAUGCAUGCCGGGACUGAUGAUGUAUAAGCAGGGACUGGUGAUGAAUAUGCAGGAACUGGGGAUGUAUGUCCAGGUCUGUGAUAUGUGCACAGACUUAUGAUAUUCACAUGGGCCUGUGUUCUAGAAGUAGGCCUGUGAUAUUGCGGGUAGUUAUGUGGCUUUACAGAGAUACAUGACAGGCUUCACUCUACAAACUGGGCUGGAUCUACACCUGAGAAGUUUAACAUGUAACAUGAUAUCAGGAAUUAAUAUUAAGAUAUUAGCUAAACUUUUAACCACAACCAUGCUUUAGUUUGGAAAAUAUACUCCAUUAAGGGAUUUUUCCCAUUUAAACAUUUAAAAUCAAUUCAACUCUUGAGAGUCAUUUUAGAUAUUCUUUAUGAAAUAUUGAUACAUAUAUAUAGCUUGUUACAUAGGUAAUAAGGUAUUAUUUCAGGUAAAGUGAGCACAAAAAAUGUGUAGAAGAAUAAACCAGACGACUCUUUUAAGUACUUCAUUUAGGCAUGCUACUUAUCCACACCAUGCCUGGAUUAAAGUCCCAUUUCAGUUAAAUGAAACCACUGAUAAUCAUCACUUUUCUUGAUUAGCCGGUGCAAUUAGCAUGCUAUAUUAAAAUUUUAACUUGAAAUGGAAUAGAGGAAAAACGAUGGAUAAACUAGUAAUGGUGAAACUCCUUGCUCUGUCAGACAUGCAGAGAACUUGACGUCAGGUUGAACAUGACAGUCUCUAACUGAAUCAGAAAUGCCCUUAGCAAUAAAAUUCUCAUCUGUGGCUGAUAUUCACCUCACCAGAUUCCUAUACGUGCGUACUUAUCAUUUAGCCCCUGUAUGAUACUGAUAUAAUCGAAAAAAAUGUUGCUUAAAAAGAGGUAGAAUGCUCCUUUUUCCAUGAUAGCUCAUACAUAUAACUUUCUUAUACAAAUGUAAUUUAAAAACUAAAAAAAUGACAUUUUAAAUGCGUAUAUAUUAUUGAAAAUAGGAAAAAUAUUAUUUUUAUAAGAAACCAUCUGCAUCAGGGAUAUUUGAAUGAGAUGUUGAAGUACUCAUUUCAAAACUGAAUACUUAAAAGAGUCGUCCAGUAAAUAAACAUAGGCAUAAUAUAUAAGUUAUAAUUGUAAUAUGUAAUAACAACGCUGAAUGCUUUUUGCAUAAUAUGUUUUUUUGUUUGUUUUGUUAAAAUGAGCAACAGUUUUCUUAAAUAUUAUUCAGUAUCUUUUUUCACAUAAAUACUUGUUUUAAGAUCUGUAAUAUUUAACCUUGAUUGUAUUCAGAAAAUUUGUUCCUGAGAGCUGUACUAUGAUCAUGUAUUGCUAAAAGUGUGUUGGGUUUUUGAAAUCAGAUUCAGAAAAUGAGGACAAUGUUCUCCAUUUCCAUAGCUCCAAUAGUAGUCUAUUUACUGGUUACAUAGAUAAAGCAGUUGUUCCUCCAUUUGUUAUAUCGAUCCAAUUAUAGUUCAUCCACUGGUUACAUAGAUCCAACAAUAGUUCGUCCACUGGUUAAUAGACUCAACAAUAGUUUAUCCACUGGUUACAUAGAUCCAACAAUAGUUCGUCCACUGGUUACAUAGAUCCAACAAUAGUUUGCCCACUGGUUACAUAGAUCCAACAAUAGUUCGUCCACUGGUUACAGAGAUCCAACAAUGGUUCAUCCACUGGUUACAUAGAUCCAACAAUAGUUCGUCCACUGGUUACAGAGAUCCAACAAUGGUUCAUCCACUGGUUAUAAAGAUCCAACAAUAGUUCAUCCACUGGUUAUAUAGAUCCAACAAUAGUUCAUCCACUGGUUAUAUAGAUCCGACAUAGGUCCAACAAUAGUUUAUCCACUGGUUACAUAGAUCAAAUAAUAGUUUAUCCACUGGCUAUAAAGAUCCAACAGUAGUUCAUCCACUGGUUAUAUAGAUCC